AUGACAUCUCCGCCUCUCCAGAGUAACGAAACCGGCCGUGCGAAAACGCUGGAUGUUCUCAUCAUCGGUGCUGGCUGUGGUGGAUGCUACAGCCUCUACAAGCUUCGUAAGCUCGGCUUCAAUGUCCAUGUAUACGAGGCGGGGUCUGCUUUGGGGGAAGUCUGGCAUUGGAACACCUACCCCAGAGCCCGCGUCGACUCGGAAAUGCCGUUUUACCAGUUCUCCAUCCCUGAGGUCUGGCGCAAGUGGAAUUGGUCUGAGAGAUUUCCGAGCGGGGAAGAGUUAAGGGGUUAUUUCAACCACGUUGAAAAGACACUGGAUCUGUCUAGAAACAUCACCUAUAAGGCUGUCGUCAACCGAGCAAGCUACAUCGAGGACUCCGGCGAAUGGACGGUUACGACUGAGAACGGCCACAAUGCCGUUUGCAAGUAUCUAGUCUGUGCUACUGGCAGUUGUUUCAAGCCACACUAUCCCAAUUUCCGGAAUCUAGACGAAUUCAAAGGUCAGCUUAUCUACUCAACCCGCUGGCCAGCUGAUGCGAAAGUCAAGGACAAACGAGUGGCCAUUAUUGGCUCAGGUGCAACGACCGUACAGUGUACUCAAGAGGUCUCAAAGGUGGCAGAGCAUCUGACAGUCUAUAUUCGCACCGCCAGUAUCUCACUUCCCAUGGUUCAGCGUCCUUUGAGCGACCUCGAGCAGGAGAUAAGCAAGUCUACCUACCGCAGGAUGUUUGAAUAUUGCCGGAAUAGCCAUUCGAGUCUCGGAUACGACAUGCAGCCUGGGUCCGUUCUCGACUUGAGUGAUGCGGAACGAGAAGAGCUUUGGGAAGAACUUUGGAAUCGUGGUUGUUUCAACUUCAAGCAAUCAAAUUACCGAGACUUUCUCGUUGAUGAGAAGCCCAACAGGCUCAUGUAUGAGUUUGGGGCAAGAAAGACCCGCCCAAGAGUUAAGAAUCCAGCCAAGGCCGCAUUUCUUGUGCCUGAGAAAGCGUCUUUCGCAUUUGGGACGAAGAGGAGCAGUCUCGAACAAGACUAUUAUGAGUAUCUCGAUCGAGACACUGUUAGCAUCGUCGAUCUGAAGGCUAAUCCGAUAAGAGAGUUCACGGACAAGGGGAUUACAUGCGAAGAUGGAUCCGAGCUCGAAUUCGAUACAAUUGUGAUGGCGACGGGCUUUGACGCCAUGACAGGAAGCCUGACGAAAAUGAACUUUCAAGGGAGGGAUGGCAUAACCUUUGCAGACCGAUGGAAAAAUGGGGUACCCACGGCAUUCAGCAACGGGCCCCCUUUUAUUGAGGUUCAGGUUGACAUGAUUGCUGGACUUCUUCAGAAGCUUCAGAACGAGGGUGUGAAGUCCAUUGAAGCCCAGCGAGGUGCCGAGGAGAAGUGGAAGCAAGCAAUCCAAGACGCCAAUGACAGAACUUUGAUGCCCUUGACCGACUCAUGGUACAACGGGGCCAACAUACCUGGCAAAAAGAGAGAGCAACUGAUGUAUUUAGUAGGGGUUAAGAAGUACCAGGAGGAAUGCCGAGAGGCACUAGCAACUUUAGAGGGAUUUAAUGUUGUACUUAAUGAGUAG